CGCGCGCGGGUGGACACGUCUCUUUGUGCGCGCCUGGGGCUGCGCGCAGCGUUCAUCAUGAGCGGCUCGGGCGCCGCCGGAGCGGCCGCCGGCCCAGCCCCGCCGGCCCAGGAAGAGGGCAUGACUUGGUGGUACCGCUGGCUGUGCCGCCUGGCGGGAGUGCUAGGAGCGGUGUCCUGUGCCAUCUCUGGACUCUUCAACUGCGUCACUAUCCACCCUCUGAACAUCGCAGCUGGCGUGUGGAUGAUCAUGAACGCCUUCAUCCUGUUGUUGUGCGAGGCUCCCUUCUGCUGCCAGUUUGUGGAGUUUGCAAACACAGUAGCUGAGAAGGUUGACCGGCUGCGCUCCUGGCAGAAGGCUGUCUUCUACUGCGGGAUGGCCAUCGUCCCCAUCGUCAUGAGCCUGACCCUGACUACACUGCUGGGCAAUGCCAUCGCCUUUGCCACCGGGGUGCUGUAUGGACUGUCUGCCCUGGGCAAAAAGGGCGAUGCCAUUUCUUAUGCUCGGAUCCAGCAGCAGAGGCAGCAGGCAGAUGAGGAGAAGCUGGCGGAGACUUUUGAGGGGGAACUGUGAGGUGAGGCAGAGUGGCCUGUCCUCAUUGCCUACUGCCAUUGGGGUCUGUGAAUUCUGGAGAAGGCUGAGUGUCAGCUCUGUUAAAUGGCCUGGGAGAGGAGCACCUGCAAGGAGCACACCUUGAGUCUUCCUGUGCCUACUCUGUUCUCUGGACUCUUGAGCCUGGAGCUCCUGCCCCACUAACACCGAAGGCCUGGGCUAUGGAUGGGAUGAACUCACUCCUGUCAGCCUGUGGUGCAGAGUCUGUGCCGGUGACCCUUCCCAGACCUAAGAGCGGCCUCCCCCGAACACACCGGUCCUCACUUGGUUAAGAGGCUUCACCCAGGCUUAAGUCACUUUAGGUUUCACCCUUUUCAGGUUCAAGCUUGUGGAAGUUAGGGCUUCAGUUCUGCUCCAUGACCUGUCGUCAGAGCAGAGGAAGAGUACAACAGUGUCCUGAGGCCAGCUACUGCCACCAGGAGCAGGAGAGAUGGCUGCUCACUUGAGAAUCUACAGCACUCCCAGGAUGCAGCAUCCUGGGCAGAAGAGCAACCUUGGGAGUGGCCAGAGGGCUGCUGGAAGGUCCCUACUGCUCAGUGCUAGAAAGUUGUGUGUGUGUGUCUGUCUGUGUGUGGCUGUUUGUCUGGUAUGAUGUGCUCUAUGUGUGUGUGUGGCUGUGUGUUUGGUAUGAUGUGCUGUGUGUGUGUGUGUGUGUGUAUCGCUGCUAGUCUGCACUGAGAACCUCCUUGUCAGGAUGGCAGGUUCCUUAUUAGUAGGGAUUAACCUCAGGUAUUCUUCCCAACCUGCCCCUGGCAGCCUGGAGCCUUUGGAGAGCUGGGCAGAGACCAGACCCACUGCCUACACAGACUUGGCCCCUUCUCGGGUACCAGAGCACAGAGAGUAAGCCUGCAUGGUUGGGACAAGGAGAGCUGUUCCACUGGCACAUGGCUCCAGGGACAUGCCUUGCUGUCCCCUCACCUUCCUCUGCACUGUUCUCUUCCCACUGUCCUGUGACACUGGCAUCAAUGGCUUAUUAGAUGGGUCCUUGGCCAUUAGGCACAUGUUUGGUGGCCUGGCUGAAGAUGAUGUGUCAAGUGCUGAGCCCUGCCUCCCUCCUACACUAGACCUUCAGCCGGACCUGUCCAUGGAACGCAGCCCUGGAGUCGCCGAGUUUCCAGGGGAUCCUUAGCUUCUCAGGGCUUGAGGCCCAGAGGAGUAGACAUUCAUUCUCCUUGGUAUAGAAGCUCUGAUCUGUGGACUUUGGGGAGAGCAGAAGUUCUCCAGAAAGCCUGGCCAUGCUGAACUGGGGAGUGGCAGAAAUGUAAUAGUGUAGCUAGCUUAGGGGGUCAUGUGCCUUCACCGUUCAUCAGAGGCUAUUUUUCUUGAGCCAGAGAUACGUUUCAAGGGCUCUGUGUAUGUGUGUUUGUAUAUGUUGGAGCCUUUGUUCUCAGUAAGACCUGUCUACCUCCCAGGAGGAGAAAAGUCCCCACCUGCUCCUCUGGUUACUUGGAUAGGCAUGGACUUGGGCCAGUUCUGCCCAGGCCUCCUGCCUCUGCAGUAGAACUAAAGGCUACAUGUAUGGUGAGAUUGUACUUCACUAGGGAAUCCAUUUUGUGCUAGGCAGGCAUGGGGUGAGGUAUAAAGGUGGAGGCCCUCAGACAUAGGCCAAUGUGGGGCGGUCAGUCACUUAAGUCCUGAGGUUCUUGGCAGUCUCGUGGCACAGUGGCUCUGGAGCCCAUUGUUUUGACUCUGAGCAUGGGCACUGUCCAGCCCAGACUAGGCCUCAUUCUUGUCUGUGUCUGGGUGUCUUCUGUGGCUGCUUUUGCCACCCACCCCUGGUUUGUUUGUUGACUGGGUUACUUUUGGAGUAAAGCAAGUUUGUAGUUGGUAUA